AUAUCGAUGUAUCGAUUUGUUGAAAUUUUGUUUCACAUUAAGUUGCCCUUGUUGAGUUAUCCUGUAUUCACCGAGUUUUUGUUUAUUUGGGUCUGACCUUUUUUCUCGGUGAUAAACUGUUAAUUUAAUAAUCAUCAUGUCGUCUACUAUUUUAAGAAAUGCCCCACGGUUGGUUCAAACAUUGAGCAAGAACAACCAAAGUUUACGAUUCGGUCUCAAAAAUCGUAAAAUCUCUGCUAUUCCUACCCGUGAAAUCUUGGUAAAUUACCCAGAAACCAGAGUCACUGAAUUAAGCAAUGGAAUCAGAGUUGCCACUGAAAAUUCUGGGCUCAAAACAGCCACUAUUGGUGUAUGGAUUGAUGCUGGUUCCAGGUAUGAAACCCCUGAAACAAAUGGUGUUGCACACUACUUGGAGCAUAUGGCCUUUAAAGGCACAAAUAAACGCAGUCAAACUGAUUUAGAGUUAGAGGUUGAGAAUAUGGGAGCCCAUUUAAAUGCCUAUACUUCCAGGGAGCAGACCGUGUAUUACGCUAAAUGUCUAUCUAAAGAUGCCCCACAUGCUCUAGAAAUUAUUUCGGACAUUCUCCAAAAUUCCAAAUUAGGAGAAGCUGAAAUUGAAAGAGAAAGAUCAGUUAUUCUCAGAGAAAUGCAAGAAGUCGAAUCAAAUAUGCAAGAGGUUGUAUUCGAUCAUUUGCACGCUACAGCUUACCAAGGUACACCUCUGGGUAUGACAAUUUUGGGACCCACUGAAAACAUCAAAAAGAUAAAUAGACAAGAUUUGUUGAACUACAUUGAAGGAAAUUACAAAGGUCCUAGAAUGGUUAUUGCUGGAGCUGGUGGAGUUGAUCACGAUGAAUUGGUUAAAUUGGCUGAAAAAUACUUUGCCAAUGUCAAGGUUACUUAUGAUGGAGUGAAGAUACCUGAAUUGACUAACUGUCGUUUCACCGGUAGUGACUUCAGAAUAAGAGAUGAUGACAUGCCAUUCGUCUAUGGAGCUUUUGCAGUUGAAGGAGCUGGUUGGGAUAAUCCUGACAACAUACCUCUUAUGGUUGCUAAUACAAUUCUAGGAUCCUAUGAUCGGGCUCAAGGUGGUGGCAAUUCAGUUACAUCAAGAUUUGCUCAACACGCAGCUGAAGAAAAUCUUUGUGCAUCUUAUCAAUCAUUCAACACCUGUUACAAAGAUACCGGUUUAUGGGGUGUAUAUUUUGUUGCUGACCGUCUUAAAGUCAAUGAUUUUACCAUGGAAAUGUGCAAAAACUUUGAUUUAUUAGCUACUGCAGUCAGCGAGUCAGAUGUUACUAGAGCUAAGAAUAUGUUGAAGACUAACAUGUUGCUCCAGUUAGAUGGUACUACACCUAUCUGUGAAGACAUUGGACGUCAAAUGUUAUGCUAUGGACGAAGAAUACCUAUCGCUGAAAUGGAAGAAAGAAUUAAUUCAGUCACUGCUUCAGAUGUAAAGAAAGUGAUGCAAACUUAUGUUUAUGAUCAAGAUCCUGCUGUUGUAGCCAUUGGACCUGUCGAAGCUCUUGCUGACUACCCAACCUACAGAGCUUGGAUGGCUUUCUGGAGGUUCUAAGGUCUCAUUAGCAUCUUUAAUUUAGAUUUAAUUGUACAAACAAGCAAAGCAAAAUAAGUCCUGAUGGUGAAUCGUUAAUAAGAAUAAAAAUCAUUCUUGUUU